AUGUUGGAGCCAAUUUUGGAUGUUUUGUCCUCACAAAGAAUUAUCCUUGCGAGUAGUUCUCCAAGAAGAAGUGAAAUCCUUCGAAAAAUUGUAAGUUCUUUAGAUCCUUGGAUAGUUUUUGAUAUUUAACAUCGUAAUAUUGUCACUGAUAUUAAACUGAUAAAAAAAUGUUAUAGGGACUGAAGUUUGACGUGAUUCCAUCAAACUUUGAGGAAAACCUAGACAAAAGUGCUUUUAAGCACCCAUAUGAAUAUGUUUUGGAAAAUUCAAGGCAAAAGGCUCUUGAGGUAGCUGAUCGUACAAACAAGGUAAGGCUUAAUAUUAUUGUGAAUCGAAAAACUUAAAAGACUCUACCUUCGACGUUCUUGUUGUUGUUUCUUUUCUUCAAGUUUUCAAUUGAUCUUGAUUUGCUAGAAUUUAAGAUAGUCUUAUAAUAUUUUUAUUGGUCAUGCAUGAUAUUAGCUGGUAAGAGAAUGUACUCUUGUAGCUGGCUGGGCUGGGAGAAUGUGACUGCAUUGAAUAUUGACAGCUCUAGUCAUCGAUAUGUGAGAGUCUGUUCAAGGCAUAAGAGUUUUCAGUUUUGCAUCUAAGAGACCUAAAGGGUUGAAAAUUUUAUUUAAGGGAACAAAAGGAAAACAGACUAUUUUACGGUUGUGCACUGAGUUUCUUGGCCUUGAGUGGAUGCAAGGCUGGAAAGUGACUAAAAGUCGGUUUGAUAGAAACCUAACUUUUUUUCAAAAAAAUAUUAUAAAUCAGGCUCUCAAGCAUCUGAAUGCUACUGAAGUUUCUGUCAAACCAAAUUCACCACCAGCCUCGCUUCCACUAAAAGGCUGAGCCACUUAGCACAAACAGUGAUGGGGCCUUUGCUGGUCAGUCUGCAGCAUGUUUCACCCUUGACCUUAGGCUAUUUUGCAUCCCGUGAGUGAGCAAAAAAGUCUUUGACUGGAAUAUGAUAGGCAAAUUCCCCCAACAACCUUGAUGGGUGAAAUCACAUACAAUCUUCAUGGAUAUUACCGGGAACAGGGAUUGGUUUUUUUAGCUUAGGUGGUGGGUACACUUCACCGUGUAUGACAAUAAAAAUAAUGCAGUUUAUGAUAAUAUUUUUUACCAAUUUAUAAUUAUUAGGUUGACAAGGAUAACUUGGUCAUUGGAGCAGACACAGUCGUUGUAAGUAUAUUAAUUAUUUUUUCUCUUAAUUAGUGAUAAUUUAACUGAAUGUCUGGUUUAACAUGAGUGAAUUAUUUAACAACUUUUUACAGGUUUUGAAUGAAAAAAUUCUGGAAAAACCCAAAGACAAAGAGAAUGCUUAUGAAAUGUUAAAAAGGUGACCUAUGAUAUUUUUGUGUAUUUUUGUAUCUAAGAGUACUUAACAUUUAAGCCAGAACUAGCUGGCCAGAGCAGUUUAGUCAAAUUGAAAAUUCUACUAUAACUAGGUCUAGCCAGCCAGCUUAGUCUGUUCCAAAACAGUGCACUAAGCUUUGACAGGAUUUUAGCAAAAAUUUUAAAAUGAACAGUCCAUUGAACCAUUCUGACUUGGCAAGUGCCCUAAAGGUGAUGAUAUACAGGACAAUUAGCAGCGACGAUUUUUAGCACAGUACAGCGUUGCAAUGUUGGAACAAUGUUGCAACUAUUCGAAACAAUGUUCCAACAAUGUUGCAAGGUUGUGUUGGGCUAAAAAUCAUCGUUGCGAAUCAUCUCGUGUAACAUCAUUAUAAGUCUUGGUGCUUGUGGAGGGCUGUCAUUAUAAAGAUUUCAAAUUGCCUUGAGUAUAGGAAAUUGAACUACUAGAGGGUUCUUUUGUUUUAAUUAUUUUGUUGCUUUUGUUUCCUAUGAAAGUACACAUGUAGCUGGGGUUCUUGCUCAUUCUAGCUGGGGAAAAUUCUUGGCCCCCAGCCCUUUAUGACAGCCUUGCUCAGCGAUGCAUAAAUAUGGGGCAUAUUGCCAUUUGUUGAUAUUCCUUUAAGCUGUCUUGUUUUGACCAGUUGACCAAUCUCAAUGUGAAAAGUGAGUAGUUAACACCAAUGUUUAAUAUGAUAACAUCUAGAUAGUCAGACUAGUCAGAUGAUCCACAUAAUAAUACCUGUAGAACAAACUAAAACAUCUCAGUAGUUUGAUUAGUCACACUAAAAUCAAUUUAUUAACUUGAAAACUGAAUUAAAAAUGUGUUCAAUUUAAAGGCCACAAUCGUAUUGCAAAUUCUGUGUAAGUUGUGACUGUAGAUAUAACUAGAUAUCAGUGUAUUUUAAUUAGAUUUUUGCUUGAAAAUGUAGUCUACAUGUAAUAUUAGAUUUGCUUUUGUUUGACUCACAAUGAGAGUUAUUCUUACUGCAUGACAACCAUAAACAAGUGUAGUGCCCUAAUAACUGAAACAUUCAAAAUAAAAGCAGCAAUUUGUAUGACCCUCGACUAACUUUUUGUAACUGAAACAAGCAUAUUUAUAGUUUGAGUGGCAGGGACCAUAAAGUGUUCAGUGGUGUUACCCUUGUGCAGAGAGACUUUAAAGGUUGGUUAAUGAACUAUAUGGCAUAAUAAAUGGUCUAAAGUGAGAAUUUAGGGUACAGGUAUCAAAUUUAAAACACAGACAGUUGCAAUGACUCAGUUUCUGAACUUCUUAACUGCCUACUCCAGGUUUCAGAUUCCCAUAACUUUCUCAGCAAAUCCUCCCUUGCAAUGCAUUUCUGUUUCCAAAUUUUUCCUUACACUUCUCUUGACCACACAAUUACAGACUAUCAUGAUUGCUCCUGGCCUCUAAGGUCAACUAAAUAACUCUCAGCAAUCCUCAUCUGUAUUGAAGAUUCUCCAAAGCUUUUUCACCUAUACCAGUAGAGGUUUCUGAAGUUAACAAGAAAUAACGUUUUCCAAUUGUAGAUUUAAAAGAUUCCAAAAUCAUCCAGUUUUAUGAAGAGACGUUAGUAUCAUUUGGAGAGUUAACAGAUGAUGUCAUUCAUGGCUACAUUAAAACCGGAGAACCUAUGUAAGUUGUAGAUAAUCUAUAAAUGCCAUUGUGUAGUGUCCUCUAUCAUGUCACACACAUAAUCUACAAAUCUCUACAGUGAUGAUUCUAGUGAAAGGUUCUAAUAAUUAUUAAGUAUUGUAAGGAGAAAACUGCUGAUUAAAACUGUAAAGAUAGUCACAGCUAAUUACAUGUAUGUCAGAAGGUCAAUGCAAUAUAGAUUGUAUUUUUUGCAUGAAAUCACAUGUAGGAUGUGGAGUUGGAAAUGUCUCAAUACACUGUAGAGUCUCUCUCUCACCCCCUCUUCCCACUUCCAGUUCCUCUAUUUUUGUUGAGCGCUUCAAGAGUACAUGUAGUUACUACUCCCCUCAGCAUUUGUUGUUUGUAGUCCUUCACAAACGUAUCAGCUUCUCUUGCAGUCUACAAUUAUGUUUUUAUCCUGCUGAUCAACCACCUGUAAAAUUCUAGAAGAUUUCUAUGAAUAUUAUUUUAAUUAACAUCAGAAAUGUGCUACUUUUUUCAGGGACAAAGCUGGAUCAUAUCCUUUUAUAAAGUGUGCGUUUUGUAGUCUAAUUUGAAGUGCUAUUUAAGAGUCUGACCUCUGCUAACCUUUGCUUUCACCCCCAAAAUUAGUGUACCAGAAAAAAGUCUUAUGUCACUUUCCCGAAAGGAAAAAAUUAAUUGUACAAUAUAUGAAAGUUCUGCGAGCAAAGUUUCAUUGGAUUGCAUGUGGUUACAAUAGAGGAUUUCAUCCACAGACUCCGUCAAAAUUAACUUAAGUAGGGAAAAGAUGAUUUUCGAAAGGAUGAUCAAAUUAUUUCUUAUCUCAAACUCAUUAAAGGCUUGGCUUUCGUGCACAUUUGCUGGUACAGUGGAACCCUGCCUUAUGACCACCUUGUUAUCACGACCAUAUUCUUUUGACCCAAACUAAAAUCACUGAGUCAUUUUAUUAUUUUAAAGACCCUGUUAAUGGGACCACUUCAUUAUCACGAUCAGGAUUUUGACCCAAAGGUGAUCGCAUUAAAGUGCCCAUCACUUAAAAUUUUAUAUUUUCUUAUCUGAAACUAUACCUUAUUAAAAUAACUUCUGCAAAAAAUUUUGCCAUUUGAGCAAAACUCAAAUUUUUAACCAAUUUUUGAAGUCUACAUUUUUUGUGGUACACCCGUGCCGCUAAUCAUGCAAACUAGCAGGCUCAUAUAUGACCUCAUGUGACAUAAAUUGAGGAACUCGCAUUACCUUUCCUUCACCAGCUGUACACAAAAAAGAUCAAUUAAAAGUAAGGAUUGAAUCACAAUGUCUUCGCAAGAAGAAAGUUUUCCUGAAACUGAAAAACCUAUCAGAACUCUUAAUGUUUUCCUGUCGAUAAAGUCAUGUGUUCCUUAAAGUACGUCAUAUGACGUCAUAAUACCAGAGAAGACUAAGACGAAUGAUGUGCCAAAAUGGCGGCAAAUUCGAACGUUUUUAAAAAAUUCUAAAAAAAAUCGUCUCUGGUUCAAAUCACAAAAUUUUUUCGCAGAAGUUAUUUUAAUAUGGUGUAGCUUCAGAUAAGAAAAUAAAAAACUUUAGGCGAUGGGUACUUUAACAGAGUUCAACUAAAUUUUCUUUCAAAUUUGUUCACUUGACUGUGUUUUUCCUUAACUUAACUUAUUUAUGGAAUCCAGGGUAUUGGUGGUACACUUGUCAAGUCUAUUCACGGUGACUACUUCAAUGUCAUGGGAUUUCCACUACAUCAUUUCUGUCUUCAAAUUAGAAAAUUGUACUCUGAUA